AUGAAGUACUACAUGCAGCAGCAGUACUACAACAACUCAGCCAAGGUCCGCGUCUACUCGAGCUCUUCGCAGGGUGGCCGGAAUCACAUGGAAGAUGAGUUCAGCAUCGUCCACUACAAGUGUCCGCCCAAUAAGUCGGUCCUCUCGAUGAAUGGCGACGUUCUCCAGGGCUCAUUCAUGUUCUUUGGCAUCUUUGACGGUCAUGGCGGGGACAUGGCCGCCAAGUACAGUCGAGAUAAUCUCUGCCGCAACAUUGUCCGCCAGAGAGAGUUCUGGUCCGGCGAGGACAAGAAAGUGUGUCUGGCGAUCCAUCGAGGCUUCGUUAGAACCCAACGGAAUAUGCUGAGUGAAGUUGGCAAUUGGCCCAAAACCUCAACAGGAUUGCCCUCAACGGCCGGAACAACAGCAUCGGUUGUUUUUAUCAUGAAUGGAAACUACUACACUGGCCAUGUUGGCGACUCGAGAAUCGUUCUAGGCCGACAGGAUUUAAAUUCCACCAAAUGGAUUGCCUGUCCGAUGACACGUGACCACAAACCAGAGUCUCCGAGGGAGAGGAAGCGCAUCGAGGCCGCUGGCGGCCAGGUGAUCAACAAAUCUGGCAUUGGCCGUGUGGUCUGGAACCGUCCGAAGCCCUGCCUGAAUCCGGCGGCCAACGCAGCGUCCAACUCACAAGCCUAUGACGCAAUUCCAUUCUUGGCCGUCUCUCGGGCGCUCGGCGACCUGUGGUCGCUGAACAAGUCGCUGGACAUUUUCAUCGUCUCACCGGAGCCCGAUGUCCACUGCAUUCCCAUCGACAAUGCCGACCGGUGUCUGGUGCUAGCCUCGGACGGGCUGUGGAACAUGAUGAGCAACCAGGCGGCCAUCAAGGUGGUGCAGGACUUUGAGGAGACCCACAAGCCGUACUGCCUGCCCAACAUUGGCAACGUACAGGUGUCGCACGCGUCCCAGCUGCUUGACGUCUGUAUGAAUCGGUGGUCACGUUCGCGCUAUCGCGCUGAUAACACCACCGUCCUUACCAUCAUGUUCGACAACGAGGUGGACGACGACGACGAUGAGGAGGAGGAGGACAUGAGCGACACCGGCUCUGAGCGGUCACUCAGCCAGACUGAAUCGGACGAGGAGAACGACCCCGUAGCUCAGAAUCGCAUUCCGAUCUCGACUUUAAACCCGUAUUAUCUCAACUCAAACUACUGCCCCACGUUCUAUGAUAUUCUCAGUGAUCUAUACGACAGCGGUGUGGACCCGGAAAUUGACGAGGACGAGGUUCUUUUUAGUGGAAAAAGUAGUUAUUUAAAUCAAUUUAUCGGCGAAACCAUCAACGAGAUGAACUCGAAGCAAGAAUUGGCUAUGGAAAGCACGAUUGAGUCUGAAGUUUCCUCCGUUUUGGCUCAAUUAAUUGACCAAGUUUCCAGUGAGGCUGAAGAUGUCAACUGCCAAGCAGAGAGCAGCAGCAGUUUGCCGACUGCCGAAUCAGCAACUUUUUCCCUGGCCAGCACUCUCUCCUCUCAGCUGGACAAGUUCAACGAGCUUACUGAUGAUCAGCUGCUGGAUAUUCGGAUUACAGAGUGCCACACAACAAUUCUCACGUGGAAUCCCAAUCCGUACAAAAAGCUGAAGACUAAGUAA